UUGGCAUUCUCAUUCUCAUUUCCUUGGCGUUGGUUCUCGCAAGUGUUGCCAUCGUGGCAGCGCUGCCCGGGUUUACGACCUUCUCCAUCCCACUUUACCCUUCCUGGGGUCUCUCUGUUUCUCGAUUCUCAGUUCUCAUUUCUCGACUUCUCUGUUUUUGUGUGUGCCAUGCUCACCUCGCAUCCUCACAUCCUCAGGGAACAACACAAGCUCGCCGGCAUCUCCUCGACAACCACCUCGGUAUAUCUGUAUCUAUGUAUCUAUAUAUCUGUAUCUGCGUCGACUGCGCUGCAACCGAACUGAACGAACGAACCCAAGCGCGCCUUGUGUCAAAGUGAACAGCAAAUAUUAUUUUUUGGACACUUUGCCAUCAGGUCGCCGUCGCGUCGCCCGGAGCUAAAAACCGACCGACUCUUGUCCUGCUCCCCCGGUUUUUUGGGUAACCAUUGUCCUGCCAGCAGCUCCUGGAGUUCCCGUUUGUCGCAUUCGAGGUCCGACUGUGGGUCCCGGAGCCACGGCCUUUGUCUUCUUCAACGACGACGGCAGCAACGGCAGCAACGGCGGCUGUGGCAACAGCAACGUUGCAUCAAUUGUGUUUAAUUCAAAAACCGACAACAAAAGCCAGAAACGCUGCCAAAGAGAACCCGAAAAUAUAUAACCAAAAAAAGUAGAAAAAGAAAAUGAAAGAAGUGGCUGUAAAUCAAGAUGAGCCGGUUCGGGUUCGUUUGUUGCCAAAAAAAAAAAGAAAGAACGAAAUACAAGAAUUAAUUAUAAUAAUGACAAAGAACAAGCACUUUGACCCCAAACCUCGCGUCCGCAUCCGCAUCCGCACUCGCAUCCCCAACCGCGCGCGUUCGUUUUGGCCAAUUGUGAAUGUCGAUUACAAUUUCGCGUGUGUGCGAGCUGAGCUGAGCUGAGGUAUAAAUAAAAAAAAAAUGUAUAAGAAAAAUGGAAAAAGGCCAGAAAAACACACAAGAAAAAAAUGAAUUUACCAGCAUUUCCGCCUUGCGGUUUCGCCAACCGAAAAGGAGGCCGGUGGUGGUGCAGCUUUCAGGCCUGGCUACUCGAGUGCGCGGGGCGUGACUUCAAUUAAAGUGAUUUGUGGCCUCCGUUUUUUGACAUACGAGACGUAAAUAGCGGCCCUGAAUUAUGGUGCUGCUAAAAUAUGUAUAUUGGAACAUAGUCCUCGGCCGAACAAACACUCCCAAGUCACGCAUCUCGGCCUGAAAUUGCCUCUAAAAUGGCUAAUUGAAGGCUUCUUAUUCGAGUUCCCAAAAAUAACCCCUAACAAAAUGCCGUCGGCUGAGUCGAAAAUGUCGGCCAUACGAAUUCCCGGCGAAGAAGAAGUGGAUUUAAUGGAGAGCCAUGAUGGCCAGGCAGUGGAGAGAGACAGAGAGAGGAAUGUCUUUUGGAAUGCCAGAGAAUUGGGCUGCGACGACAGCAACGCCGGCAGCGCUGCCUCCAACGUUCAAUGGUUGCCUAGCGACAGCGGCAGCCAUCAUGGAUGUGAAAGAGCGAAAGGGAGAGACAGAGAGCGCGCACCGCUCUCCGCCUCGCCCUCUCUCGCUCGUGCCAACGGCCAUGCGGUAUGCCUUAGCGGCCAUGCUGCUCUGCUCGCCACUCACCUGCGACGUCGGCUGUUGUGAAGUUCUUGCGACGACGUGAGCGACCGAAUUUCAGAGUCCCCCAAAAAUUCGUAGGCCCCCAAAAAACAGGAUUGCAAAGUGAAUGGCAGAAGGGGCAGAGGAAUUUCGAGGGAGCAUCUGCGACUGCGUCGUCACGUCAACAAAAAAAACAAACAACAAUGCAGAGACAAAGACUGAAAACCGGAGGAAGUUGCCCAGGUUUGAUUACACAGCGACCCCAUGGAGCGAGGACUUAACCCGCCGGCAGCUGCUUCAGUUCUUCGAGGGACCUGCAGAUGGAUACUCUGGGCACUCAUCUGCGUCUUCGCGUGUGUCUGUGUGUGUUUUUAUAACAUUAGUGGAUUACGCCUAUAAAAACUACACCUCACCGCGGAGCCAGCCGAGGGCCCCAGAGCCGCAACAAAGGAUUAUAAACCAUCUGCAAAAAUGAUACCACCUGUGGCACGAGAGAUUACAACGGAGCUGUUUCUUUUAUGGUUUGUUCCGCUUUUGUUUAACGGUCCCGAGGAUCACACGCAAUCCCACGCACUCCUCCACCGAAGUCUGAACAGAAAAAACCCGACUCAACGCAACGCAACUCGACUCAACCGAAACUCGACACUCUCCCUCCCCCGGGGGGGAACUCAAAAUAGUGUUUUAUUGUUGAAAAUUACGCUUCUUUUAUUUAUUUACACUUUUUCUGCACUUUCCGCUGCUCACUCACUCUCACCCAAUUUCAAUUUUUAUAUGUUUAUUACGAUUAUUAUCGCUUAAUGGGGCUCGCUGGCUCGUUAUUGUUGUUUUCUGUUAUUGUUGCACCAGUAGUUGUGUCAGACUAACGUGUGAAGUUGUUUUAUUAUUUGUUUUGAUUAUCAAAAUGGGCGUUUUACAUUUUUCCGGUCGUUGGGCGGCCCACCUGCCACGGGCCCACAGCUUAUAGCCCAUAUCCCAUCCAUAGCCCUGGGGCAAGGGCAGUAAAUCACAGCCCGCUGUGAGUGGCUGAGUAUCUGGGCAGAUGUGCACUAAAAAAAUAACAUGAAGUAAUAAUUAGCUGAUUGGUUACUUGGGAAAGUUAACUUAUCUUCGUAUAUAACGAAUAUAAUGUACUUAAUAUUAAAAAAUAUGCCUUGAAUGUAUAAAUUAUGAACUAUAAAUGUAAACAACUUCAAAUAUCAAAGUUAAUGCCUAAGAAAUAUAUAUAUAGGUAGUAAUAGACAAUAAUUUCUCCCAGUGCUUCAGUGAGAUCGAGUGCACUCCAUGUUGGCCACUCACUCGCACUCACCGUAUGACCCAUAAACAUAAACCAAAGUGUGGCAAAAUGUUUAAUUUGGAAUUUAUGAGCAAUUAAUUUUAAAGCCUUCGCCGGGCCGUUAACGCCGUUUCUGCCCACCCUUGGCCAUAAAAGAUUUAACAAGCCAGUGUGCCAAAAAUUGAUUGUUUAGCCAAUCCGCUGAUUGAUCGUCAAUUCAAUUGUUAUCGCCCAAGAUUUGGCAAUCGCAAAAGUACGCGAAAGUCAAUUAAAAAUGAAUUAGCUACAGGGAAGUACAUUAAACUAUUAAGUGAGUAAAGAAGAAAAAUUCCAUUU